AUGUUCACCAGCCAAGCAGACGCCAAGUACUCGGCCAAGUCCAGGAACAUCUUGAUCCUAUUCGGCCCCCCGGGGGCGGGUAAAGGAACGCACGCCCCGAAGAUCGUCGACAAGCUGAGCAUCCCGCAGCUUUCCACCGGCGACAUGCUCCGCGCUGCGGUCGCCGCGGGCACUGAGGUUGGGAAGAAGGCCAAGGCCGCGAUGGAUUCCGGCGCUUUGGUCACGGACGAGAUCGUCGUCGGCAUCAUCGCCGAUCGCAUCAAGGAGAAGGACUGCGUGGACGGCUUCAUCCUCGACGGCUUCCCCAGGACUCUCGCGCAGUCCAAGAUGCUCGACAAGGAGCUCGCCAAGACGGGCGAGGCGGUGUCCAGGGUGAUCGAGCUCUCGGUUCCCGACGCGGUGCUCACCGAGCGCAUCUGCGGCAGGUGGGUGCACAAGUCCUCCGGCAGGUCCUACCACGUCAAGUUCAACCCGCCCAAGUCGCUGGCCAAGCUCGGCGGGAAGGAUCUGAACAAGGAAAAGGACAAGACGAAGUGGAUGAAGGACGACGAGACCGGCGAGGCGCUCAUGCAGCGCAGCGACGACACCGCGGAGGCGCUCGUCUCCCGCCUCGACGCCUACCACAAGCAGACCGUGCCCGUGCUCAAGCACUACGGCAAGAAGAAGUGCGUGGCCAUCGACGCCAACAGGGACAUGGACUCCAUCUGGGCGUCAAUCGACAAAGCCACCGACUUCUGA